AUGACUGACUCACAGAUGCAGGAUUGGGCGUCGCUACUUACAGACGUCAUUGCGCGGGGAUAUGAUCCUUUUUCCCAUUCCAAGUUUCACCACUUCACAGGAAACUUGAAGUAUAUUCUAUCAAAUUUUGAUGACCCUGACGAUGCUUGGUGCUGCGCAUGCCGCUGGAUCGAUAUGUUGGAACAAGCCCAGGUCGAUGUUCCAAGAUAUCUGGAGGUUGCGACAAAAUAUUGUUUUGCUAAUUGGGUUGAAAGUGAGGUCUGGAGUGUUAAUGGGCGCCAAGAAUCGGCCAUCCGACGAGUGCUCCUCCCAGGGCAUCAUAAUGGACGAAUUAUCCCGUAUUGGAUCGAACGUGCCGACAGCUCAUGCCCGAUACACGAAUUGUUAAAUGAGUUCCCAAGCUUACGACGUAUAGACACAAUGUUGGGAUGGGGCGGCUGGAGUGCGCAUGUCAAUCGGUAUCGACGUUGGAAGACUAAAGGGAAUCUUACUGCAUGGGACCUAGCGAUGAGCUUUUGGCCAAUUGCGCCUUCUCUUGAUGGUCGGGUUUUAGAAGACUACAGUUACGACGAAGAUGACACGAUGGCGGACCAUGUUGAAUUAACAGUGUGGGCUAAUCGAGUUAUUGAUUUGAGAGAGCGUCGCUUUGAACGAAAAGCGCGGCGUAGGCUUCAAAAGCUUAAUGGCAGAGGAAACGGAUGGAAAACAAUGCCUGGAGCAUGGACAAGCAUUCUGCGCAGCCCAAUUUCUCUCAUUGCCAACAUCAAAAGACUUUCCACCAUCCGGCCUGCAAGUUCUCCACCUUCAACAAUAUUCUUACACAUUAUGGACCCUGCCUCUCUAAGCUUUGGAAUUGUGUCCCUAGCGAUGCAGCUAGUGCAGACAGCAAAAGCCGUCAAGGAAUACAUUGCAGCCUACAAGUCAGCGACAAAAGAGCUCGAAACUCUCGCCGACAAGCUUGACGAUAUCGAGACUAUCUGCUGCUCCUUGGAAAUUAUUCUUUCAGACGUUGGAACACAAACAUUCAACCCGUUGGAAAUCAAUCUACUCAAGAAGUUGCGCCGUAUCAUCCAGCAAUGUUUAUCCAAAGUCUCAGAUAUUCACAACAUUCUCGAUACAAUCUCAAGAAUGCAAAAGAAUACCCGGAAUCCUUUGAAGACUAUUGGAGCUCUAUUUCUGCGCUAUAAAGAUCAAAUCCGCCUCGCCACGAACGGACUGGGCCGUUGCCUUUCUUCACUUCAGUUACAUAUGACGGCCAAUAUCCUGUAUGAACCACCGAAGCCACCAAGUGUCAGAGGUCUUGAGCCAUGCGAUAAGCGUCAAACACGUCGAAAAAGCCCAGAAACUGUCGUCGAUACAUGGAGACAGGCGUGGAGUGCGAAGUCUUUUAUACAAUGGACAAGAAGAACAACAAAGGAAGAAAUCUCAUUAGACCCAAGCUCAUCGACAAUUCAGGAUGAUUCUAUAUUCACGAUAGGCUCUUCAUUGCUGAACUUGUACGUCAAAGUAUCACUGCGAUGUGGCAACUUGGCUCCAUUUUGUAUCACUCUACAGAUGCCACGAGUUAUUUAUUUCCAGGAAGGUCAGCGCCAAAUUGCCGACAAAGUUGAAUCGGCCUUUAUGGAAGAUAACUUAAGCCAAAUUCAGGCUUUCUUUACUCAAGGCAUUCUGACACCUGCAACGGUCAUUGCCUGGGGUGAAUAUGAUCCUGAUAACGAGACCUCUCUUUUGGGCCUAGCAGCUUUGACGAAAUCUCGUUCAAUUCUCAAAUUUCUUGUAGCGCAAACUUUUGACGUAUCCAACAGAAACCAUAUUGGAGGCGCAAGAUAUCUAUAUGCUUUUAAUGGCGAUGAUGGUCCCAGAUGCGUCCUGGAAUAUAUAAACAUACGACAAGACUCCAUCUUGGCAUCUGAAUUUCAUAUGAUCUUGCGAGGUAUUGUAGAUCCAUACAACGCCCAGAUAUGCGUAGAAGCAUGCAAGCCUCAUUUCUCUAGCAACAUGCUGGCUUUCAAUACUGCGGUCUGGAGGUACGCCAUGAAGCAGUUCAAGCACGAUUUAGCAGUGAACAUCGAAGGAUGGGCAGGCCUUGUUACAGACUGUGUUUCUAGGGGCUUGGAUAUCCAUCAACAGCUUCGAUCCGACACAGAUUUCAGUGCCUUGAAAGAUAUCUUGUUUUACAACUGGGACACUGACAAGAUAUUGGAACAUGUGCAUCGCUGGAUAGACAUUUUGGAUGAAGCCGGCGUCAACAUUAAGGAAUACCUCAUGGUCGAGACGGAGUGUUGUUUCGCGACGUGGCGCGAUAUACCGUAUUGGAAUAGCAAGAACAUUGAUUCUUCAAACUACAGUCGCGCUCUCUUCAUCAAAGAGUCGAGAGGCAGACAAUUCCCAUUCUGGGCCCUCUCCAUCCAGGACGAAUGCCCUGUCAAGGAGCUGUUAACAGAACAUCAACACUUUGCGAUCCCGCUCACAUUUUACCAAGGAGGGUCGACACAAGCUUAUAUUGCGCAGCAUGAUGCUUGGAAGGAACAACAGACCUUAGGGGUUCCGGACGGAUCAGACAUACAUCGAAAAGGAUGGCCCUUCUGGCUUCCUCUUCGCCAUUACAACGAUUACAGUGCGGAAGAGGCGGAAUGGGUGGAUCGGGAAUUGCAAUUAGCCCAAACCCGGUUUGGCAGAAGGCAAAAGCUCAAGCAAGGGAAAGUUGGACAUCAUAGGCAGAAACAGCGGAUGCCAAUGCCGGGAACUUGGGUAGAAGAUGUUUGACGUUUGAAUAGAGGAUUGGAUCGAAAGUUUUAUAAGUAUAUAUCGUUAUUGCUAGUAUGUGAAUAAUGAGAUGGAUUACGGGCUCACAAAAGUAAUUACCUCACUAGAUUCUUUCAAUAUCCAAGUCCAUUGUAAUUAACCUGAAACCAGUAUACAACUCAAUUUUCGCUGCAU